AUGAUUGUACGUAUUCAAGGCCGCGAUAGGAUAAUGAGUAUUGAAAUUGAAGAGAAUUCGACAAUUGAGCGCUUGAAGGAGAUAAUCAAUGAACGCACCAAAAGUAUCUGUACGCGGCUGGUUUUGGCCGGUGCCGAGUUAAAUAGCGGAACUUUACUGGCCAAUGGGAUUGGUAAUGGUGAUAUGCUGCAAGCCACUUAUGACGUAGUCCGAGUUGAUAAGGCCGAAGAUUCGCCAAGUACGGGCAACACGGGAGGCAAGCGAGAGUGUCGACACGGUCCUAGUGGAAUGUGUGCUGACUGUGCCCCUGAGGAUUCUUGGCUUUCUUCUUCUUUUGAUAAGCGGCGGUUUAUUUCACAAGGCGCGUACGAAGAGUACUUGGCCAGUCAAGGCAAGGAACUAGUUUUAGAAAGUCACUUGCCUCCGGCUUGUCGCAACCAUCCUGCUUCUGGGCGGUGCCACUUGUGCCUGCCUAAGGAGAUUGUUUUGGGCCGACAAACGUUCCGACCUGUUGAUCAUAUUGAGAUUGAUGACCGCUCGAUUUUAGAGCGGCUAAUUCAUGAAAGAAGAGCUACUGGCGGCCAAACGGUUUAUUUACUAGUUGGGCGGUACAGUGAGUAUGCGGCCGUAAGUAAGGGGGUGAAGGCUGAAGUCUUUGCUGCUCUACCGGUUGAGCAUACGGGUCUGAUCAACGGAGUAGUGCUUAAUCCAGCGGAUAAGACGUUGCAAGGCACAGACGAGAGUUUAAAGAAAGUACUAGAUAUGCUGGGUAUGGAGAUAGUCGGUAUGGCGUAUACCCGGAUCUUGCCUGAGCCGCAGUUGUUUGUUAGUUCGAUGGAGGUCCUUUUUGUGGCAGAGAUGCAGCGCCGGUUUCCUUAUAUAGUAUCUGGUCAGAAUAAAGGAUCGCGUUUUGUAACUCUAGUGAUUGCGGGUACGGAGACCUCUUCUGAAACAAUUGAGAUCUGUGGGACGAACUUAGCGAUUGAGUUAUUACAGGACGGUUUGUUGUUUGCAGCUGCUAAUCCGCGCGAAGUUAAAGUGGCACCAGCCACAGCUGUUUGGACGGGUAAGGAGGGAACUAAACACGGUCAUGAGAUUCCAGUUGAGUACUUGGUGGUGCGGCCAACCCACGGACUAACGGCCGGCGAGGGAUUAUUUGCCGUGCCUUCGGGAAUGACUGGGUUUAAGCGGGGUAGCGGAUUAAGUGGAGUAAAGAAGCACUUGCAGAAGCGCUUAACUGAAGAGUCGGUCCAGGGGCUUAGUUUAGGAGCCUUUGCAGAUCUGGGACUCUUAUUAGAACUAGCGGACUUAGAACUGUUACCGGAUGGCUUGGCAGCAGCUGUACUGGCUCGGGAUGGCGCUGCUUUUAAUCAGGACGUAUUAGAAGGAAAGUAUCCAGGACUGGUUGAUCUGGCUAAGGAUUGUAAGCUUGCCAGUGGCUGGGGGUGUCAGGCCUGUACGUUUCAGAAUACAGGCAAUGCCGCAGAGUGCGAUAUGUGCGGUCUGCCCAGGAGUUGCUAA